CCCAGGGUUCCUGUGCUUUGGCCGCUCCUCCUGGGUGCCACUGCAGCCCUGAGCUUCCUAGAGAGACUGCACCACAUGCUCCUGAGGCUGGAGGGCGGGGGUCCCAGACCACACUGGCCCCGCAGCAGAGUGCCAGGAGCACCAACAGUGUCCUAGCUUGCUUUCCUCCUCCCUCCUUUUUAUUCUCAAGUUCCUUUUUAUUUCUCCCUUGCGUAACGCCCUUCUCCCUUCUGCACCACUGCCUGCACCUCCUUGCCACCCACUCCUGAAGCCACAGCUGUUGGCAGGGUCCCCAGCUCAUGCCAGCCUCACCUCCUUCCUUUCUAGCCCCCAAAGGGCCCCCGGGAGACAUGGGGGGCCGGGGCCGAGAGCCGGCACUCUCGGUUGCCCUCUGGUUGAGUUGGGGGGCGGCUUUGGGGGCUGUGGCUUGUGCCACGGCUCUGCUGAUCCAACAAACAGAGCUGCAAAUCCUAAGAAGAGAGGUGACCCAGCUACAGAGGACUGGAGGGCCCUCUGAAAAGGGGGAAGGGCAUCCAUGGCUGAGCCUCCAGGAGCAGAGCCCUGAUAGCCCGGAAGCCCUGGAGAAGGGGGAGAGAUCCCGGAGAAAGAGAGCAGUGCUCACCCAUAAACAGAAGAAGAGGCACUCAGUGCUGCAUCUUGUUCCCAUUAACAUUACCUCCAAGGAGGACUCUGAUGUGACAGAGUUGAUGUGGCAACCAGCUCUUAAGCGUGGGAGAGGUCUGGAGGCCCAAGGAUACGUUGUUCGAGUCUGGGAUGCUGGAGUUUAUCUGCUCUAUAGCCAGGUCCUGUUUCAUGAUGUGACUUUCACCAUGGGUCAAGUGGUGUCUCGGGAGGGCCAGGGAAAGCAGGAGACUCUAUUCCGAUGUAUACGAAGUAUGCCCUCCAACCCAGACUGGGCCUACAAUAGCUGCUACAGUGCAGGUGUCUUCCAUUUACACCAAGGGGAUAUUCUGAGUGUCACAGUCCCCCGAGCAAGGGCAAAACUUAGCCUCUCUCCGCAUGGAACCUUCCUGGGGCUUGUGAAACUGUGAUUGUUAUAAAAGGUGGUCCUGGGCUUGGAAGACCAGAGUGGUUUGGGUACAUUUGGGAGACAGCCAAAAGCUGACCAGACAAAGGACAGGGAGUGGGAAGGAACAGAGGUUUCUUCUGGGUUUAACUGGAACCCUCAGUUUGAUAACUCAUGACUCUGUUCCUCCCUUUUCCCUUUCCACCCAACGCCUAGACUUUGAUUUCAUGAAUAUAAAGGAGGUAGAAUAUCUUG